AUCUGAAGGAAUUUGAUGCAUUCAUUUCGCAUAGCGACUCAGAUACGGACCGACAAUUUGCCAUUUCUCAACUAAGACCAUUUCUCGAAAGUUUGGGUUACAAUAUUUGUGUCCAUGAAAUAAACUCCCCAGUAGGCGAAGAUCGUAGUACAAAUUCAGUGAAUGCUGUAAACUGUAGCAGAAGCUGCAUCUUGGUACUGUCACCUGACUAUCUCAAAUACCAACACUGCUUGCUCGAGUUCAGUAAUGCGCUUCGAAACCACAAGCAGAAGAAGAUGAUCAUUCCUGUUAUGUUCCGCUCAAUCUCACCAGAAAGCCUCAGUGAGCAAGAUGCCCUAAAACACGUUAUUGAAGCUGGUAAGGUCCUAAAGUGGAAAUCCGGUGGUACCAACAAAACCUUCUGGAAGAAACUGGAAGUGUGGAUGCCCCCUAGACGCCCCUCUGCUAACAAGAAGCAAAGUCAAUACAUCGACAGGUCUACAUCAACCAACUCCACAACUUUUCUUGUCCCUGUGAGAUCUGAUUCAAAUGAUAGUGCAAUAAGUACCUCAUCUCUCAAUGGUCAGGCUGAUGAUUUUCUAAAUCAGAAGUUUAUGUCUCCAGUAUAAACAAUAUCAGGCAUAAGCGAAAGGCCUUGAUAGUAUACAACACAAGUAUUUACUCUCUUUAUAGAAUAUAUAAAAGUUUUCCGCGAAAUUUGAAUUAGGUUUUGUAAUUUCUGCAAAUAGAAUACAUUUGAAGUUAGUAUUACUGUAGGAUUAAGAUCUGCAAACAGGUACAAACAUACAAUAUGGUCGCCCAAAUAAUGUUAUAGGAACCAGCUGAAUUUUUUCAUUGGUCUGCUUAUUAUCAAGGGUUUAUUCUAGGAGGUGUUUAUUUUUUUUUUUUUUGUAAAAUGUAUAUACUCAAAUAACCACCCCUUAAUAUCACUGAAUUUUACAUAUAUCUGUAAAUUUUCAAAAAAAAAAAAAUUUUUUUUUUAAUUUUGACUACUUG